AUUAAUAUCCACUAAUGACGGUUGGUUGUGAUCAGCGAAGAGCGCGUGACCUCUGGAUGCAGGUCAGAGUUCACGCGCACGUCGCCGUUGCCAUGGAGACCAGUGGCGGCUGCGCGAUUCGCGCUGUAAUGUCAUUAAUAUCUGUGUAAUAAACGCGUGAAUUUUCAGUUAUAACGUGAAAUAAGUGUGUCGGUGUUGCUGACAUGCGACGUCACCAUCGGAGGAAUGAACAAUUACAGAGUGAUCGAGAAGAUCGGCGCGGGAACUUUCUCUGAGGUGAUGAAGGUGAAGAACAUGAAGGACGGCAAACAUUACGCCUGCAAAACCAUCAAGCAGAGCGUGGGGAGUGUGGAUCAGGCUCACGGGCUCCGGGAGGUUCAGGCCAUGAAGCGUUUGAGUCCUCAUCCCAACAUCCUCCAGCUCCACGAGCUCAUCUACGAUGAAGACACUGGAACGCUGUCGCUGAUAUGCGAGCUCAUGGACAUGAACAUAUACGAGUUUAUUAAAGGGCGACAGCAUCCAGUGUCUGAGAGCAAAGCCAAACACUUCCUGUUCCAGCUGUGCCGAUCACUGGAUCACAUGCACAGCCGAGGGAUAUUCCACAGGGACGUGAAGCCGGAGAACAUCCUGAUCAAAAACGAGGUUCUGAAGCUGGCAGACUUCGGGUCCUGCAGGAGCAACUCCUCCAGGCCUCCUCACACCGAGUACAUCUCGACCCGCUGGUACCGAGCGCCCGAGUGUCUGCUGACCGACGGACACUACUCUCAGAAGAUGGACGUGUGGAGCGCCGGCUGCGUGUUCUUCGAGAUCCUCAGCCUGAGCCCGUUAUUCCCUGGCCGUAACGAGCUCGACCAGGUCAACAAGAUCCACGAGGUGUUGGGCUCGCCGGACGGCACACUGCUGCAGAAGUUCAAACAGUCUCGUGCGAUGCGGUUCGACUUCCCCCCUCGGAAGGGCUGUGGGAUUCCUCCACUGGUUCCUCACUGCUCCUCUGCUGGCCUGUCUCUGCUGGAGCAGAUGCUGACCUACGACCCCGAGGAGCGCAUCAGCGCCCGUGCAGCGCUGCAACACACCUGCUUCAGGGAGCUGCGAGUGGCGGAGAGGCGAGUGGGUCUGCGGAGGAAAGCUGAGGGAGAGUUCAGCAACACACCGGCGUCUGAUCAGCUGUGGCGGCUCGCGAGACAGGGCCGGAGACAGCAGCUGAAGCUGGACCCGCUCAGCCGGCGCCACUUCCCUCUGGAGCUGCCGAAGCUCAACCUCGGGGUCCCGACACACACACUCCCGCUCGGGGGCCCGACACACACACUCCCUGCGCUGGCGCCGGCCCACCGCGGCUCUCUGCCUGCCAUCUCCAAGUGCCACUCGCGUCUCAAACCCACAGAGGAUCCGCAGCAUCUGAAGCGCUUCUACAUGCCUCGUGCGCUGGAGCGCCACCCGCAGGACUACUGACGCCAGCAGAGCUCAGGCACAUCAUGCAAUAAAGCUCUUUAUACACACUGACACAUGUGUUUUCAGACCAAUACUGAUGUCUGCAUGCCAGAUCACAUCAUCACACGUUUCAGACCGCUGGAAGCAGAUUCUCUACGACGGAUGUGGCAUAAAUAUAAAGCAGUGCUUUCAUUCUACAUUAGCCCAUCAUUUAACCCGGAUCUGUGAGCGCGAGCGAUCAGCGAGUGCCGGAUCGUUGUUACACGAGGUGCUACCGGCUCACAGCAGAUUCAUGAUUACUGUUGUGACAGUUACACAACUACAAUUAGUGUUUAAUAAAGGGCUUUUACACUACA